AUCUGAGAGUGGUCAUAGGAUGAAGCCCGUAGGAAACAGAACAUACCCACACACAGAGCUAAAUAACACAAUAACAAAUUGAAAAAACAUGCGUUCCAUUCUUUGUGGCUCCGUCAGAUGUUAAUCUGAAGCACAGUAGAAUCUGUUGGGCUCACAGUCGGUUUGAUGAUGUUCCUGCUGUUUGCCAAUGAGGAUGAUCAUGACGUAGGCCAUGACGUUGACAAUACCAGCAAGUUUGACCUCUCCUGCAUUUCUGGCUUCUCUAAGUGAACCCCCCACCCAUCUUUGAUAAUAGGAAUACAGGCUAUAUUUGGAUGCUGUGAUGUCACAAGUAGUUUAGGCAGGAUGCUAUAACUGAGCAGGCAGUAUAUGCAAGCCAGAAAGACCAGUGACAACACGAGUGCCCUGCUGGGAAGGCUGGUGGAUCUCGUCCCCACGGAUUAGUGUAACAUCAGUUUGAGUUUACCAUAAAGAAAGAACAUGUGCCACCCGAAGCUGCCCGCUUUCUUCCUCGCGCUGUCCCUGGUGCUGCGCUGUAUCACAGCUGCUCCCAACAACUGGUACUCGGCUUCGUCCAGUGAACUGACGGAUCCGCGACCAGAAGGCUGGAUAUCCCCCGGAUUUUCAACCAACCCCUUCCUAAAAUUGGAUAAUCCGUUACCCCAGGAGGGUCUAACUGCAGUCAACAGGCACCACAUACAGAAGCGGAGGUGCAACACGGCCACGUGCGUGACCCAGCGGCUCGCCGACUUCCUGAUCCGAUCCAGUAACACCAUCGGCACGGUGUACGCCCCUACCAAUGUGGGCUCCAACACUUACGGCAAGAGGGAGCUGCUGACAUCCAUCGGCAACCAAGGUCUUUAGUCCAGGAUAUAGCUGCAGGAACUAUUUCCUGCAAUGGCCACGCUUAGUACAUUAACUUUAAAUUAUAAUAAUUAUAAUAAUCAUCUGCUCUAGUUUCCGUUUAGCUGUUUGUUGAUGGUUUGGCCUGAUUUUUGUUUCAUUUUAUUCCACCAUUGAUGAGAAUUAAAACGACCGUCACUGUUCAUCCAGCGCGUCAUACUAUUACCAUACUGGCUCCAGCAAUCAACCAAAAAGUGUCUAGAUUUAGCAUGACUUUACAAUGACGUGUGUGUGAAAUGUACUGAAUAAAGAAUAGGUAAACUGGGCCAAUUAUGUAUAUCUAGAAUUAAAAAGCUUUGUUUGAUUUUGUAAUAAAACUGAGUAUUUCAAAUA